AAAGCCACAGCCAGCUGGUCUCCCUUCGCCAUUCUUUAAUUUUUGUUUUGAUUGGUGAAUUUUGGCAGGGAUUAGCAUGGACGAUCCUCUCAAGCCCAAGCCAGUUCCACUGGCUGCCGAGACAGUUCUGUGGUUCGAGUUCCUGCUCGAUCCGCACAAGAUUACGCAGCAUCUGCAGCGCCCGCAUCCCGAGCCCAGCGCCAUGGAGCUGAUCAUGCAGUUCAUCAGCAUGACGCCGGACACGGCGAUGGCAUCGGUGGUGACUCCGGGCAGUGAUUUGCAGAACCUUAACCAGACGUCCCCGAACUCGGGACCCAUUCCCGGCGUGGUUGGUGGUGCUGCGCCGACAAUGCCCACUGCACCCGGCGGAGUGGGCAUGCCCCAUAGUCCACAGAGGCCCGCGGAGAUGGGCCUGCAAUUGACCCGCAAGCAGUUGGCACUUAAAAUCCUCGAGCUGAAGGUUGCCACUUGGCUGAAGUGGGACCUGGAUGCAUUGGAAAAGAACCUGCCUGUGAUUAUGCAGCUGGCCCUGCUGCGCGAUCUGUGCACCAUAAGCUAUGGCUGCCCUUUGAGUAUUCCCCUGCCCAAUGAUUUUGACGUGAAGAUUUCCACUGCUGGAAACGAAAGAGCAGCAAGGUUUGCCUUGACCAUAUACCACCGCCUGCUGCUGCGAAUGCAAUUGAUCAAGGAGCAGGCGUUAAAAACGCCACGUCCUCAAAAUACAAUGUACCAAACUGUGGACCAGCUACAGCAGUUUCUGGACGCACCCACUCAACCAUCCAUCGAGUAUUUGCAACAGCUGUGCUCCUCCACAAAACCUUUCUACGUAUUCCACUACGACAGCUUUGUCACCCUGCAGUGCGAUGAUUUGGGCACUGGCCAAAACUAUGAUCUUAUGCACCUAAUUACACCCCAGGAACUGAGGGCCCAACUGCACUACGAGCUCGCCCAAUAUUACCUGUACACCAAGCAGUAUGUGUUGGCCCGGGAAGCGGCCGCCGCGUGUAAUACUAAUCUGCAGGCUAUCCCGCCACAAACAACUCUAUAUUUCUGCCACAUACGACCGGUAGAACUCGAAGGCCUACUGCAGGCCUGUGGAAUCAGCGCCCAGGAGCAAACUCUCCUGGAGAAGUUUCAGCAAUCGCUACUUAACAACUACACAGACAUUGUGUCCAUCCUGCGGUUGGACAACAGAACGCGAGAAAUCCCUCUAAUAAGCCGGCGGCAACUGGAACUGGAUAUUGAGGGCUCCAUCUCCACGGGUAUACUCAAGGAAACGGUUCAGCUGCAAAUGCAGGUGGCUGCCUUGAAUGUGGUGCGCAACAUCUUUGAGUGGGGCAGCAUCUUUGGCAGCGUGGAGUACUUUGAGAAGUACAGGGAACUGGACUGCCUGCCCCCGCUGGUGGAGGCUUUGCAGGAAAUGCUGCCCCACUGUACCUUCAAGGAACAGGCGGCACUUAAGCAUUUCCUCAUCGACUGUUUGCUUCAUCAGGGCGGGCAGUCGCGACAGUUGCUGCAAACGGUGCGAGGAUUUGGACUGUUCUCGGCAGAUGAACUGCAGGAUAUUGACGAACAGAUGCUGCAGGCGACGCCGCCGGUGCCCACCAACUCGUUGGCCUCGCUCUCCGACUGGAUGUGUCACUCCAAGAUGAGCAGGGUAGAUGUGGGAGCUCUGGAGCGACAACUGAUAAGCUGCACCAAUGCCAACACAGUGAGGAUUCUACUAGUAAAAUUAUGCGCAACUGCUCCAGGAAAACCUCUGUGGGCCAUUAAUCCCAGUUGGGACGUUCCGCAGCCGCUGAAAACUCUUAUAAUGGCCAUGCCGGUAAGCUUUUUACAAGACUUCAGCUAUGUCCUGCUCGGUAAGGCGCGAGAACUGGCCACAAGAGGCAACUAUAUCGAUGCCGUUUCCAUGCUGAGUGUACUGAAGUCGGAAAAUCAGCGCCAAGAGAUGGCGGCCAAUGUGCAGUUGAUGUGUAAGCUGCUCACUUGGGAAAUCCUCCACAUCCAGAUAACACAGUGCCUGGAGGAGUGGCACCAGAAGCCACUUGACCUACAAUCCCUGGGAGGAAGAUGCAAGCAAUGUUUGGGAGCACUGCAGGCGGGAGAUUCAAUUGUCCCACGGCCAGAUAUCCUAGAGAGCUGCGCCAUCAUGCUGCUAAACCUCACGGAAUUUCCACCUCUCCUAUACCUGGAUAAACGAGCGGGUCCCCUGGAACUGCCACUUGCCUUUGCCGCCACCUUCAUCGAGAUGGAGAAGAUGAAGGGUCCCAAGAAGGUGUGCCGCGAUGCCUGGGAGCUGAUGCUAAGCAUGUUCCUCAACGUUCCGAAGCGUGGAUCCUCAGGAGUUGGCGGUAUUAGUUCCCUGCAGGCCUUCCUACAGCGAAUCCGGCACCAAAGCGUUUUUGGACUCGCCAUUUCCAUGAUAGGCAAAGUCCACAACAUCCUUAAGGACGACCCCAACCAUGAUUUAAGCUGCGAGUACAUGCAGCUGUGGCCCACCAGCAUUAACAACCCCAUCAGCUACAGUUUGAGGAGCGUAUGCGAGACCCUGCAAUGGCUUCUGUCCGAGGCACUGUCCUACUAUCCGCAAACCAUUUCUUGGCUAAAGAUGAAAGGAGAUCUAGAUCUAGCCAUCGGCAAUAAUGAGUCUGCAAUGCGCUGCUAUGUAAAUGCUCUGGUAACUGGCACGGACUACUGCACCAUGCCAUUACAGAGAAAUGUGGCCGACGACUAUGUAAUCCGCAAGAUGAUUCGAUGUGCCGCCAAUCUGGGCUGUCACAUGCAGGCCACAGUUCUGUGUCAGUUCCUUGAUGAGAUCGACUACGGCAUUGUGUUCAAGAAUCUCAGCGAGAAAUCGUCGAAUUUUACUGAUGCAAUGGAUGCAUAUUACAGCUGCAUUUGGGAUACCACUCUACUGGAGUUCAUCGUCAAUCUGCAUGCAAAGCGAGGCGAACACAGUCGGAAACUUGAAGCGAUUUCUAUGAUGGGCACUCUGGAGCUGAAUGCAAAUAACAAUGAGGAGAUCAAACGAGAAUGCGCCAUGGUGCGGAAAUCAAGAUUUCUGCGUGCCCUGGCCAAGCAGUAUUUGCUGUAGUCGCAGCCCCCACAGUCCAAACUCUAAUUCAAAAUCCAAUAUUCAUAAUCCAACACCCCAACCUCACCCACACCCACAAGCAGACCAACUAGCAUUAAGCUCAAAGAAGUAGAUUUUAUUGUAGGCAUAGGCUUUAA